AUGGUGUCUGCUCAGGGCAAGGUCGUGCUCGGUGUAGUGUCUGUUGGCACUUGCAAUUCCCCUUAUUGCGGGCGUGGCUGCUGGUUUGCCAACUCUAGUCGAGGUUGUCGUGAAGGACCCGACUGUAAACGAUGUCACAACAUGGAUUGUGCCCUUCCCGCCGACGAAGAACGCAAGGCGAACCGGAAGGCAAAGUCCCGUCAACGCCCUUCUAAGAAGAAGCGUGCUAAGCUGGCUCUAGCUUAUGCUCGUGCCACUGAGAAUGGUGAGAGUCCUAUCAAGCCUCCUAUGAACAGACAGUAUCUGUCUGCUAUGAAGCGCCUCGAGAUGCUCAGAAGAUCUGAGUUGGCUACACAGACUGGCGUCGAUGUUCCUGCUUGUUCCCCUCGUGAUUACGGUGCGGUAUAUCGUGAUCUACUCUCCGAGUGUCUGCUUACUGAUCCCACAUCUACUGAUAGUUCCUCGCUAUUGAGCAACGCUAGCAGAGGCUACUUGUCACCGUCAAGGUCUGAUGUGUCUUCGUUCGGUGGGUCCACCUUGAGUAGCAGCAACUCCCUUGAUCACAUCAAUCGUGACCAGUCGUUCGAUAGUGUUCUAGGUAGUUCACCCUACCCGUUGACUCUGAGCUCUGUUGAUAGUGGUUGCUCGUUGCCGCCCUCUCCAAGCGUUGAUCUAAUGAAUGGUCUUGAGGAAGCUAAUGCAUCGUUGUUCGAGUUACUACCGCACUUUUCUGACGAGGAGCUCGAGCUUGAGCUCCUGUUGCAGGAGAGCCUCUCGGCUGCUUGCCAACAGGUGUAA